GUGACAGUAGGACCGUCGACGUCGUCCGCCAGGUCCAAUAAGCGGCGUGUACGCGGUACUACUAGCCGCACUGUCACAUUGCAAAUGCUGUUGGAAACAAACAUACUCGAACCAGGCAAUUCUGUCUUGUCACUCGAGUACAUGGUAUAUAAAACAGUCUUUGCCAUAUGCCCAUCCAUCAAGCGGCAUGCACUUGCUAAUAGUUGAUCUGCGUUGGUUUUAAUUUUUGUUUCCUUUUGUAUUAUUAACAACAUUACGUGUAAUACCUGACUGCAGUAGCUAGUUUGUGAUUAUGAUUGAUUGGUAUUAUUUUUAAACGUAUGUUGUGUUAUGCUGUAUUUUAUUAUUUAAUUUAUUUUCAUUUUUGUGGCACAAGUUUGAAACUGAAGAUGGCAUAUCGAUUAUACAUAAUAAUUGUGUAUUUUUCAUAUAUGUUCUCUAUUGUGCUAUUAUUCAAUAAUUUUUAUUUUGUUUAUUUUUGAGUUUAUUAAUGCUGUGUGAGUAAAUUGUCAAACGGAUUGAAUACUUAUAUUCCUGUUUUUGAAAUUGUGUUGAAAAGUAAUAUUAUUUAAGGAUAUAUUAACAAGAAGUAUAAAAUAAAUGGUCAAAGAUUUAUGGGAGAUUUAUUACCAGAUGGUAAAAUUCGUUCAGUUGAGACAUUAAAUGAAUUUGCAUCUCCUAGUGCUUGGGCCUAUAACUGUAAAAGUAUAAUUAACAAAAUAAAAAAAGCUGGUUGUGGUUGGUCAUCAAUUCGGUAUAAAGGUAAGAAAUUGGAUGCAUAUAAACAUGCAUAUUUUAGAAAAAGAGAAUCUUCAAGUAUAGAACACAAUACAGUUCCAGUAGAAGAUAUAGAAUCUGAUGUUACAUAUGCGAUUCAAAAUGAAAUUUUACCAUUGACUUCACCAAUUGAGUCACCUGUUGCAAAAGAACCUAUCAAAUUUAGCGAAAUCCGUUCAAGAUCUAGUAAUCAAAAUCUGAAUACAUUAGUGGAAUGUACAGAUUGGUCUUACAUUAAUAAAGUUCAACCAUUUCAUGUUAAUAUAUCAGCAAACGCAAAAUUGUUACUAGAUUUUCAUUGUCAUUUGAUGAGUUCAGAAGUUGUUGGAUUUCUUGCCGGAAAUUGGGAUUUUUCAACACAAACAUUGACUGUAAAAAAUGCAUACCCAUUCAGAAGUCGACUACAUGAUGCGGAACUCACUUCAUUGAUUGAAGAAGAAAUAAGAAACACAUUUACAGCCAAAAAUAUGGUUCUAGUUGGAUGGUAUCAUUCACAUCCUGAAACAAUCGCUACACCUACAUUAAGAGAUAUCGAAGCCCAACUUGACUAUGAAGUACAAAUAAAAGGACCGACUGUUGAAUCAUAUAUCCCAUGUGUUGGAAUCAUUUGUUCACCUUAUGAUAAAGGAAAAUCAACCCUUGAUUCAACUAUCACGUGUUAUUGGGUACUGCCAUCAUUUGAAAAUGAAAUACACGAUUAUGGACGUCCAAUGAACAUGCAUUUUACUACUAAACCAGAAAAAUCAUUAACACUAGAUAUUGUUAUGGCAUUAAAAAAGUGUGUUGAUUUUAAUAAAUAUGAUCCAGAUGUAAUUAAUUUUAAAGAUAAAUACAAAAACGACGUGACUUAUUUAGAAAAGCUAAAGAUUUCGUUAAUGGACAAAUUUCCAAAAGAUGAUACAAUACACAGAUUUUUAUGGAAUUUCUUAAGCGAAAUAGUUUGUAUUGGUAGUUCAGGUGAUACUGCCAAAAACAAUUUGCAAAAUUUGAUUGCUGUAAUCUCAUCGCGUCAACUCUUGCUGUCAACAUCAAGUUUUCAAACACCAAAUCCUUUGAUUGAACAUUUAGAGUCCUAUUUGCAAUCAUGUAAUGCCAACAAUUUGACAUUAGAAGAUGUUCCUACAACUAGUGAUUGUUCAAACAUAACCUCAGCGAGUAUUGCCAGUUCUCUAUUUAACGAUUUAGACUUUUCUAAAGCAAUGUCUUUGAUAGGGCUAUCUCCAUCACGGUAUCAAACAGAUCCUUUAAAAUAGGUUUACAACCUUUUAAUUAAAUUUUUGUAGUAAUUUAUAUAAAUAUUAGAAAUAUAUAUCUAUAUACUUCAUCUAUCUAUACUUAUUAUGUAUUAAUUAAUAAAAAAUAAAUCCUUUUAAAUAAACUUAAUAUCAAUAUAAGUUCAUAAAUGUUUAAAUAAGAAAACAUUUUUGUAUUGAAACAUGUAUUGUAUUGUGUAAUAUAAAAAUCUGUUUUUGAAAGUUGUACCUUAUUAUUUGAAUGUAAUCUAAAUAUUACAAUGUUUUUUUUUUUUUUGGAAAUUUACAAUAUGAAAAAUUUACAUUAUUAAAAUACAGUAAAAUUGGUUUUAAGAAAAAGUUAUUGGUUAUUAAUUAUUAGAUAAUUUUUUUUUUUUUUAAAUUAUGAUUAAAAAAUAUCUAAAAUUUUUAUCAUGGCAAUGUUUUUUUUGUUAUAACCAGGAUCUUAUGAUUAAAUAAUUUUGUUAUUAAUUUGUUAUAAAUGAUCUUCAUAUACAAUCUAAUUUUAUUAAAACAAAAAUAUGUAAUAAUUAAUUAACAGCCUAUUUUUUAUUAUUAUUUUUUUUUUAAUGUUUCUUUUUUAUAAUUAAAUGUGCUAAAUAAUAGUAUGUGUAUGUGUUUUUAAAUAUUGGAUAAAAAUAAAAAAAUAUUUUUUGUUUA